GCGUGUGGCGGGGGUUCUUCCGCGGCUAUCCUCGUGGAGCGCAGCCUUGACGUGAACCUGUCCAGCGCCUUUUAUCUGGACAACUGCGUUGUCAUGUCGCAGAUGCACGUGAUGCACGGUCUUGCGUCGGACCUGCGUGUCAGCGGCGGCUCCGUGUUCUCCAUACAGAACAGCUCUUGGAGUGCGCCGAGCACCGAAUACUAUAACGGCGCGUGUGGGUUCAGGGAUGUUGCGGUGGCUGGCGGCAGCGUGCUGCAGAUCGUGUCCAACACUUUCCGCCUCAGCUUUGCCAUGCUCAUGGCAGCCACUUUGUCCGUGACCGGCGGCAGCUGGCUGGUGCACCGCGACAACGAGUUUCGCACCGCCUACGUCGUGCACGUGAAUAACUACUACGGCGUGGCUUUCCGCGAUCGGAGUGUGUGGUCGAUAAUUGACAACAAACUCACGCACGGCUCGUACUCGUCGACCAUUGCACACAUGACAAACGAUUGGUCACAACCAUCCGACUCGCGCCCGAUCAUCUACGGCGUGUGCAACGAGGCAAGGGGCUCUCCUGUGACGGAUUACCAGUACGACCUGAAUAUUGGGACGCCUGUGACGGUGUUGGACUGUGGCGUGUGCACCAUGGACGCCGUGUGCUUUGCAGCGAGGACGAGCAGCAUCAGCGGCUGUGAGUGCGUGUGCGCUGCUGGCGGUCACGGCGACACUUGUCUACCAGCUGCGGUUCCGGACGGUCUUGGGCCGCUCCCGCUCCCCGAUGCGAAUGACACGGAGGUCCGCUGCGUGCACGGUGGCAGCAUCAGCUCCGUGGACUAUCCUGAUCCCGGUGUGCGUGGUCUGUGCUUUGUAAACGUGACCUUCACCGCCGCGAUCGUGCUGGACCUCUCGCUUUUUGACGCACCAGAGCAGACACUCAACGUCACGCUGCUGCAGUGCGUCCUCGUGGGCCUGUCGGUCAAGGGGAGUGGUGGGCGUGUGCACGUGAACGUGACUUCUUCGAUGCUGGAUUCUGGUGCGUUGGAGUUUGAGGGUGAUUUUGGAGCGAGUUCCCAGAUACUGGUGGUGGGCAGUACAAUUGUGACGAUGUUGAACCCGGCCAUCUUUUUUAGUCUUUUUUUCAGUACGAACUCGACGCUGCUGCUACUUGACAACCGCAUCGGGGGUAAUGGUCACUCACUUAAUUUUUUUAGUGUUGUUGUUGAUGGUGGCGGAAUCAUUGUGAAGGGAAAUAUGCUGAUGACAACGGAUAAUAGACGCCGUAUGGGAUCAGCCGUUUAUUUUCACGCUGUUGAUGUGAAGAACGGCGGCUACAUUGACAUUGAGAACAACACGAUGAGAGCGGCCAUUGGCAUCGAACUGUUUUCGCGGGCCACCGUGAGAUCCGCGGGGCUGCUGCGAGUGGCGGACUGUACAUUUGCUGGCAGCACGAGGGUCGUGAAUUGCGGGCUGUUGUACUUGGAGGGCUCUUUGACUCUCGAGGGUGGUGCACAGUGGCGUGUGGAGGGCAACAGCGUGAGCGCAGCCUCAGUGUUGAGUAUGCCACUUCCCACGCACAAAAUUCGGCUGUCGGGCAGAGGCACCACUGUGGCGCUUGCAAACAACCGUCAGGUGGACGAUAGUUAUUCCUUUGCUGAUCUGGCUCUGUCGAGCAUGGUCAAGAAGCCACCCGCACGGUUGGUCGUUGGGUGCAACCUUCAGGACGGUGAGGAGGCGUCGUACGCCGGUGUGUUUCCGAAGCUCGUGGUGGUGUUCAGGUGCGGCACAUGCAACGACGACGCGGCGUGCUACAUGCCCGGGACGGAGUCGGUGGACCGCGGCUCGUGCUCGUGCAGCUGCAAGGACGGAUGGCAUGGCGCGUCGUGUCUUCCCUUCGAGGUGCCCGACACGGUUGUGCCGCCCUUGCCGGAGAGAGCCGUCGACGGCGACACGAGCUGCGUGGUCAACCAGACGCUGACGAGCCUCGCGCUGAACAUGUGGAAGACGCACCACUGCUACGUGGGUGUGAUAUUCAGCGGCGUGGGUGCUGUGCUGACGUUCUUUCUCGACGGUAUGCCGUUGCAUCUCCCCAUCAACAUUACGCUCACCGGGUGCACAUUCCGUGAGGGUGCCGCGCUGCAGUUUGUUGGGGGUGCUGAGGCGGCCGAGUCAGCCGGCGUCCUGAUCCGCGUGGGCCGGACGGUGAUGCGGUCCUCCGUCGUUGUUUUUAUGGGUGCCCUUCCGCAGCAUUGCGACAUUGCCGUCACGGAGGUUGAUGCGGUGCAGUCCUCCGAGGUCCAUCUGCCGGACACCGGGAGGAACAAGUUUGGCGUACUGUUACUGAAGAACUUUUUGCUGAGUGCUUCCUCUUUGUUGGUCGGCAACGUCAAGGCGCAUGCAUCGAGGUAUGAUGCGCUUGGUUUUUACUCGAUCGGGACUCUGACGCUGGCGGGUGGCAGCUCGCUGUACACGCGGUACUGCAGCUUCGAUGGAUACACACACCUGUUCCACGUGGCCAUGCUCAGUGUCCGCAAUCACUCUGUUUUUGCGCUGCUCAACAAUACAAUGUUCUCCGGAACAAGCUUCCUGCUUCAGCACCACGGAGUUAGCGUGUCGGAUCACAGCGUGUUGCGCGUGGUGGGGAACAGCGGUAUCGUGUCCUACGCCAUCUUUGCAGACGACUCGUGGACCGUCCAGGAGUCAAGCUGGUUGGAUUGGCGUGACAACGACGUGGGUUUGGGUGCGAUGUUAUACGACACUGAGUUCGCCUUAGUGAGCAUCGACAGCAGCAGUGUUGUGACGCUGACGGGCUGCAAGAUGGGCUUGACGGGAUUGUCGGAGCCUCUGCUAUUGCGGACUGAAACCGGCUACCGGUUCGUUGCUGGGUGCCUGACGCUCGCGGGUCGGAAGGUGACGACGGCGGCUGAACUGGAGCUUAACGGCAUCACCAACGUGACGACGGUUGCCGCGUGCGGGGAGUGCACGAAGGACGGCGACUGCUUUGCACCGCUGACGACGGCGAUCAUUGACUGCAAGUGCCAGUGCGCUGCUGGAGGGCACGGCGAUGUGUGCGUCCCGGCGCCUGUGCCUGCUGGCCCGCCACCGCCAUCGCCGCCGGUUGGUGGGUGCAUCAGCGACAUGGAGUACCCCGAGGUUGCGCAGGCAGUGGGCGGCGGGCUGUCGUGGCUGUGCUACCGCAACGUGACGUUCAGCGGGGGUGGCAUGAGCCUGACGGUGCUGAUAGGGGCGAUGAUGGGCGAAGUGGCGAACGUCACGUUCGAUGGAUGCACUUGGAGGGACGGCGCCGUGCUGGUGCUGUUGGGCAACGCACACGCCGCUUUGGGGUCGCUGAACAUCAUCGUCACCGGCAACACGUUCCAUGACGCGCUGCUCAGCCCGGAGGGUGGGUUUCCACCGCACACGAACAUCACGGUCAGCGGGAACCGCUUUACGGUCACAAGGCUGAUCCCUCGGUCGGGUUUGGACGUUAAAAGGCCGUCGUGUGUCGCGAUGAAUGGACUGGCGAUCAGCAACGACUCCGCGGUGGUGUUCAGUGGCAAUGUGUUUCACGCCGUGGCGGCAUCGUCAAGCGCCAUUCACGUUGUGGGAUCUGUGCUGAGGGUGUCGUGGCACUCCUUGUUUGCGGUGGUGGGUAACACAUUUCAUAUGGAUGGCGGCAACGGUACGCUGAUACAUCUUGAAGGGUCUAGACGGUCCUCAUCGCUGAGUGUAUUGAACGACUCUGCCGUGGUGAUCCGAGGCAACGUUGUGGUGGGAGGGUUAAAGUACUUCAUGCUACUUCUUUGGUCCUCACGUGUGGAGUCUCUUUCAGCGGUUGUGUUUCAGGGCAACGAGAUGCGGGGAAGCUUGGCUGUGUUUCUCCUAGGAUCCAGUUUCCAAAUCUACUACAACUCAUGGUUGCAGUUGAGCGACAACCUCUGCCGUGAAUCCCCAUCGGAAGCCUUUGCCUACAUAUGCCCAACGGUGAGUCUCCGCGACUCCAUGGUGUCUGUGUCCGGCAACCAACUCAUGUCCAGCACGGUCACGCCGACAGUGCUGCGGAUACCCAAAAGGCCCCGCGAUAUCACAAACGGAGCGAUUGUGGCCGCGUGCAACACUGUGAACGGCGAGGAGGGGGCGAAAUACAGCAUCCCGUCCGUGUACAACGCCACCAUUCUGACCUGCAGCGAUCCAUGCGCCCUCGCGACGUCGUGCUUCCCCGCUUACACGACGAUGGCCUCGAGUGAUGGCUGCGCCUGCACGUGCGCAGAGGGCGGCCACGGCGAUGCGUGCCUGCCCGUUGCUGUCCCCGAGCCACCGAGCACCGACGGCGCAGACUUGUGCGUGCGGGACGUGCGUGUGGAUGAGGAGGUGAGCGCCGGUUUCGGGACGUCGGUGGCGUGCUACGUUGGUGUGACCUUUGCGGCGGACGUCGUGGUGGACGUGGAGGCGAUGUCGGGGAGCGUGCGCAACGUGACGCUGGCGAACUGCACGUUUUUGGACAGAGCGAGCCUGUACGUUGUUGGGUGGCGGUCCGACCCGCCUGCUGGCGAGCGCGCCGAUGUGUUGAUCAGCGGGCUUGAGUCGCGCUCCGGCGGCGGCGUGCUGGUGUCGAACCGAUUUCCGCCUGGCUCUCGCGUCACUGUGGUGGACUCGGUGCUGAUUGCAGAGAAGCGUGUUGCAUACCGUGGCGCCUACGGCCUUGGCGACGCGUCCGCGUGCCUUGUGGUGCACAGCGUGAAUCUGACUGGGAGCGUGCUGACCAUUGCGCGCACGCAUGUGGCGGCUGUGUUCGGCGACGCUGUUGGCGUGUUGGUGGUUGGCGGCGUGGCGCUGUCGUCGCGCGGAGCGCUGUACGUGGACGGGCUGUCGGUGCAGACGGCGCUGGGGCUGUGCGUGUCGGUGGAGGGCGGUGUUGCGGCCAGCGGUGGCUCCGUGGUGGCGUUUGUUGAAAGCGGCUUCCUGUUGAGCAAGCACGCGGUGUCUGUGCGUGGGGCUGUGAGCGUGUUGGGCUCCGCUGUGGCGUUUGUGCGGAGCGAAUUCUCUUUGACGG